ACUGGAUGACUUUCACCUCGCCCUGACUUGUUACCUCCCUGACGGAAAAAAAGGAGGAGAAACUGGGCGAUUAGAAAACCAGCUCAUGGUGGGCUGAGGAGAAAAAAACGACAAAAAACCAAAACCAAGAGAAGUUUAGCAACUCGGAGUCGUUUGUGUUAUCAGUGGAAGUGACGGACAGCGCGACUGUCUACAAGAGCAGGUACUGACCUCUCACCAUGCAGCACUACGGGGUGAACGGCUACUCUCUGCACGCCAUGAACUCCCUCAGCGCCAUGUACAAUCUGCACCAGCAGGCCGCGCAACAGGCGCAGCACGCGCCCGACUACCGGCCGUCCGUGCACGCGCUCACUCUGGCAGAGAGACUCGCUGACAUCAUCCUGGAGGCUCGUUACGGCUCUCAACACCGGAAACAACGCCGCAGCCGCACAGCAUUUACCGCACAGCAGCUGGAAGCCCUGGAGAAGACUUUCCAGAAGACUCACUACCCGGACGUGGUGAUGAGGGAGCGGCUGGCCAUGUGCACCAACCUGCCCGAGGCACGCGUGCAGGUUUGGUUCAAAAACCGCAGAGCAAAGUUUCGUAAGAAGCAGCGCAGCCUGCAGAAGGAGCAGCUCCAGAAGCAGAAGGAGGCGUCAGGGGAAGGAGGAGGAGGAGGGAGUGAGAAGGAGGACGCACCAGCCUCCACGACUAUUCUCCCUGACACCCAGCUCCCUCCUUCGUCUUCCUCCUCCUCCUCUCUGGAGAUAGAAGGCCCCGUUGUCCGCCCCGUACCUCUGGAUAUGGAGCUGAACGUCACAUCGGCAGAACACUCCGGCAGCGAGUCGGCAACAGAAGACAAUGCCACGGAUAAGGAGGACGAGAGCAAAUGUCAGAGGGAGGAAAUGAAGUGUGAGAGGGCGGUAACACCUGGGGACGUCUCUCCUGUUUGCAAAAGACUCAGUCCUAAACCAGACUCCCCAUUGGUCUCCCCCUCAGUGACGCCCUCCUCCUCCUCCUCCAGUGGCGGCCUGGCCAGCAGCGCUCCUCUCUCUCAGAGCCACUCGUACUCCUCCUCCCCCCUCAGCCUCUUCCGUCUGCAGGAGCAGUUCCGUCAGCACAUGGCCGCCACCAACAACCUUGUGCACUACCCCACAUUCGACCUCGCCGCCCCCUCUUCCCUCCCUUACCUGGGCAUGAACGUCAACAUGCCCCCUGCACCACUGGGCUCUCUGCCUUGCCAGUCCUACUACCAGUCCCUUUCCCAUCAUGCUCAGCAGGUGUGGAACAGCCCGCUGCUGCAAGCAUCUGCUGCAGGUGGCCUAAGCAGCCACACCAACAAGACAACCAGCAUUGAGAACCUGCGUCUGAGGGCCAAACAGCAUGCUGCCUCGUUGGGACUAGACACCAUGUCUAACUGAGACAAGAUGAAGGACAAUUUAAGGAAGUUUAGAGAUUUGGCCAACAGAUCAUCCCAUUUUACAGCAUGUCUGUGUGACUGUCAUAAAUCUGUAGGAACCACGGACUGAACUCUACAUAAGCAUGACGGUGCAGGAUGUUAGUAUAUGUCUGAAAAUAACACAUGCCUACAUGCACUGGACCUGCAGAACUCCAGCUCUUCACAACACACUCUUCUGACUCCUCUUAGCUUCUGUAGUAGCUCAACUCCCAUGACUCUAACCUCUGGAACCAGGAAACCCAUGAGAUAUGAAACAUAAUGCGACAGCUGAACAUGUUCCUGACUGUUUCCUUAAAAUUAGAGCAGCUUUUUAACAUCUACAACAACUAUAAAAAAUGAUUUUAAAUCAGCUGAUGAUGGACGCAUUCUGUUUAAAGACAAUGCAGAUAAUGUUUACAAGAAUAAUGUGAAUAAAUGAGGCACUUUUGAAGGCUUUAGGCUCGUCAGCCAGGAGGAAAAUAAGGUCCCAUCUCUGUCACAGGACCAUCGCCAUUUCAAUUAAGCAGCAGUCAUGUACAUAACAUGUACUACACAACAGCACAUAAAUGAAAAUAAACUUCAAGCCAUGUUGUCCUCAGUAGCAUAAUUAAAAGUGACUAAUUUGCCAGUUUAAUGGCCAGUAUUAUGCUGCUUUGUACAAAAGGCUGGCUUGAUAAUGAGAAAAUGAUUUCAGUGAGUAAAUUCUCAAGCUUUUAAUUACAUUUUGCCCCAGGCUGAGGGAGCCAGGGCAGACGCAAUUAUGAACAUGAAUACCAUUUAAGACUAAAUUUAUAAACCCCUAAAGGUCUGUGCAUUAAAAUGCUCAACAAGGAUGAUCAUGAUUGGAAUCACUGUAAAUUUAGUUAAAAGUUUUAGACAAUAAAUGGGAUAAACAGCUUCAUGUCCCAUAUUUUCAAGCAUUGAUAUUCUCCUGAGGAAACAUGCAGCAUUUUAUUAAAAGUCUGGCUGAUUGUAAGCACUUGAUGAGAAUCACCUCUCUGAUAUUUUCUGUUCAUGUGAUCUGAGAGCUUAAAUGAAAUAAAUGCACAUUAUUUUAGUUAUGUAAAAUACAAAAAAGUCUAUCUAUUAAUGUUUACUUGUAAGGUAAUUGUAAAGUUCCUAUUAUGUUGUAUAACUGAUAAAAUUCCUUUUGCUGUCAGAUUGUAAAGAUUGUAUUUGCUGAGCUCAUCGACAGCCCUGUCUGCCCUCCUCUCCUUGUUUGUCUGUGUAAUAAUACAAGGAUCAAUUGAUAUUAAAUGUUUUCAUUUUCUUAUCUGGAGAGAUGCAAUGAAAAAUGUUGGAUUGCUACUUUCUGUACUUUUGCAGCCCAAACUGAUGAAUCGGAGAGUGAAAACGUUUCAGGUGUCAAUUAACCCUCGUCCUCUGUUUCCUGACUCUGAGUUCUGUUGUUGCUGUUACCUUGAUGCUGUUCCCCUCACUGUCUCUGUCAGACUCCUCGGUCCCGUGGUAGAUAGAUGUUUGAUGGAGGAGAGUGAGCGUCCAUUAGCAGUGUUGUUUCCUCCCUAACAAUGUAGACUUGAACUAGUGUUGUUGUAAAAUAAUCACAAAUAAAAACAAUGCUUGAAGAUCUUUAUAAUGACAACCUCUCUAUCUGUGCUUAAUAUACUUUUGCAAUUUAAAUUCAUCAAUUCUCUUUGCACUUUGAACCAUAGGGACUUUGCAAAUCAGGCCUAUUUGUUAGAAUUGUUGUAAUCUAUACCCUUUUGGGUAAGGCUACAUAAAAAAUAACUAAAAACAGUUGCAAUUAUUUUUUCAAAUCCACUUGCUCCUGUGGUGUCAUUAAAAAUUAAAGCCUUUUGCAAAAACUUUUUAGAAAGUUGCCAAAAUAAGCAUUUUUUAAAGCAUUAAUUUAGGAAAACAAGUACAUAAAAACAGGACCUUAACUGCUUUAACAUUGCUUUUGAUCAACAAUCCUAAAAAGCUUGGAAUCAAAA